CACAAACAUGGCUGCCAUGUUGCGUCUCUAACGCUUGCCUCUCAAUGUUACAUUUUGUUGCUAGUUAAACACUGCAAUACUUUAAAGUAUCAGGAACAGUUACUAACUAGGUCUUUACAGCUACCGCCAUGUUCCAGGUCAUCGGGGGACGGAGCGUCCAGGCUGCCCGGCUCCUCGCGCCCAGGAGCGCCGUGCUCGUGGAGGCUGUCCGGGGCCGAAAGUCUCGGACCGACCCGGUGGCCAAGUCCAAAGAAGGACGGAUUAAAGUGCCUUCACCCGUCGACCCGGUGGAGAUGGUGGUGCUCAAGGAGAGAUACUCGGAGUACGAGCUCAUCAUGAGGGCGCUUCGGAUGGAGUUCAGGGAGGGGGUGCUGCGCAAAAAGUACGAGGAGGAAAUGGGCUCCCAGGCUGAACAGAGGGCGAGGCAGGAAGAGGAGGAGCAUCGCGCCCUGAUGGACUGGAAUAAUCAGGAAAACCUGCGGAUACUGAAAGCCAGAGUAUUAAGGAUCCAACAGGAAGAGGAGGAAGCUGAGAGGAAGAAAAUGGAAGCCGCCAUUCGGCGGGAACAGGAGCAGCAGGAGUUCAUCAGGCAAAAAGAGGAAGAGAUUUUGAAGCUGCAGGACGAGGCUAAGAACUUCGUCACCUUGGAGAACCUGGAUCAGCGAAUCGAGGAGGCGCUGGACAAUCCAAAGAAUUACAACUUUGCCAUCGACAAAGAGGGGAAAGUGGUGAAAAGGACGGCGAUGCAGUGAAACGGCCGAGUUCACGUCUGUGUGCGUUUCUUUUUUUUUUUCCUCCAUCAAGACUCAGAUCAGACUUCUGUCAUCCAUUUAAUGUUUUCUGAAAACCACUUCAUGCCUGCACCUGGAAGUGUAUAUUAUUGUAAAAAAAAUUUCUUUUUCAACAUAAAAGUAUAAAAACAUGAUGUGUAACAUACGCAUCAGACUUUAUUAAUUUCUAAAUGUUAACCAUGUUCUGUCAGAAUAUGUCAGAAAGAUAUUUGUAAAAUAAUUCUGACAUAUUCUAAUAACUGUGUUAGGAAACACAACUGCACAAAAUGCAACGUUUUCUCUUUUU